UCAGCUUUCAUUCCUUAUACCAAGUUUAUCGAAACUAGCUUGGAUCUGAGGUACGAAUAUGGAAAUUCCCUGCUUUAGAGACAUUCUUUGACUGUGCCAAGAACAAGAAGAUCUAUUGGGAUGGGUGAAUGAGUCCACCAUAUGAUACAGGAAACAGAUGGGCUAGUCUAUCUCCAAAGAUAUACCUUGGUUAAGCAUGUAGAUGUUGAUUUUUGGCUAGGCAGUCCAUUCCCAGACAAGAUUGGCUUGAUCAAAGCAGAAAGCAAUUGAUACAGUGGCCAAUUGAAGAGGUAAAGAAACCUUGUAAGAAGCAAGUUGUUGUAUUUCUGGAGAGAAGUUCGUGAGUAAAUCAAUUCUUCAAGUUUCAGGAAUCACUGCUUCACAGGAAACUUCAUUGAUGUUUGAUAGUCGAAAUUUCUUAAGAUGUGAAGCAACAUAAUCCCCUCAAGUGAACGGCUUGAGAUGUUCGCUAGAAAAUGGUAGGUUUCAUCAAGUAAAUUUUGUAAUGAUUUUGGAUAUUAAUUAAAAAAAUUAUAUGUUCCCAUGAAAAUGGCUUUAUGAUUUACAGCAUGCAAAGGUAACAAGGAAAACCAGAAAAGGAAGACACUAGAAACGAGGAGUGGUGGAUGUAAAUACAGGAAGUCUUGAAUAGGGAAGAUUAAAGAGUGAAUUUAAAUUUUUAAAAAAUUGAGAUCGAUGAAAUAUUACAAAGUUUUCUUCCUAAGAAAGAGAAAGGAAAUUUUUUAUUUCAUAAUAAAAAAAUAUUAAAAAAUUGCGAGAAUUCAACCAUACCAAUUUCAUAGCGUUUAAAUCCACAAAGAGCUACUGUAGAAAAGAAAAGGAUAAUAAUUGAAAUAUCCAUAUUCCAUGGAUCGGAAUCCGGGUCGGACAGAACAGUGGGUGGGUCGGGGUUAACGCCUUUUAUCGAUGCUUGAUUCUUCAAUCCAAAUUCCAACGCUUUCAAUUCAUCUGGUUUGAAAUUAAAUAUCUGGAGCCGGACGAGUCUGGUUUCUUAAUUCUGGAGCUACACACCUGAAACCCCAUCGAUUGAUUGGCUCUGGUCUUGCACUAAUUUGACCAAAGAAUCUGGGGCCUUCCUCUUUAAGCAAGCAUUGGAGCCGCCGCUCCAUGUAAGAUAGCACUAGAGAACGGGGGAAAACGGAGGAGCCACACGGAAUCAGUGAAUCGAACCAUGACUCCAGAUGAUGGUGACGCAGAACAAAGAAGAUCAAAAUCAAGACAAGAAUCAGUGAGUCCAAAUUAUUGGCUUACGAGCUUCAACCGUGAUCUGAUGGCCGGAGCGUUCGUCGGUGGGCUGGUCCACACCGUCGUGGCUCCAAUUGAGAGGGCGAAGCUUUUGUUGCAGACCCAAGAAAGCAAUAUGGCUAUUGUUGCCAAUGGACGUCGGAAAUUCAAGGGCAUGCUGGAUUGUGUAGUCCGUACUGUCAAAGAAGAAGGCUUUCUCUCCUUGUGGAGAGGCAAUGGCAGCGGUGUUCUUCGCUAUUAUCCUUCUGUCGCACUCAAUUUCUCGCUCAAGGAUCUAUACAGAAACAUAUUAAGAAGUGGAAACUCAAGCGGAAACAAUUUCUUGUCCGGAGCAUCCGCUAACUUUGUCGCUGGGGCUGGCGCCGGUUGUACAGCACUGAUCGUGGUAUAUCCACUUGAUAUUGCACACACCCGCCUUGCUGCGGACAUUGGAAAAACAGAUAAGCGUCAGUUUCAGGGCAUACACCAUUUCUUGGCCACAAUAUUUAGAAAGGAUGGGAUCAGAGGUAUUUACAGGGGGCUCCCCGCAUCUCUGCAGGGAAUGGUGGUGCACCGAGGGCUCUACUUUGGAGGCUUUGAUACGAUAAAAGAGAUGUUAGCCGAAGAAUCGGGAGGCAAGGUGGCUUUGUGGAAACGUUGGGUGGUGGCUCAGGCAGUGACAUCAUCAGCCGGGUUGAUAUCAUAUCCAUUAGACACAGUUCGAAGGAGGAUGAUGAUGCAGUCCGGCAUGGAUCACCCACUGUACAGUAACACUCUGGACUGUUGGAGGAAAAUAUACAGGACAGAAGGUCUUGUUUCAUUCUACCGCGGGGCUGUCUCCGGCAUGUUUAGGAGUACCGGAGCUGCAGCCAUACUAGUUUUGUACGACGAAGUCAAGAAAUUUAUGAACUUGGGUCCAUUGUAACACGAACACCAACCAUUCAUAUUCUUUCAUUACAUUUUAACACACACACACACACACACACUCAGGCUUUCCACUGUACAAAUGAGCAUGAGUAUAGUUAAACUAGUCACUGGUAUACUGAAAUUUCUGUCUAUAUUAUCCUCGGACGUUCCGAAUUUCCAUCAUAUAA